GGUAGGUGACCAUAGGCACACUGAAUGAGAGAAGCGAACCGGGCAAACCACUCACUCCCAUCUAUUCGAGCUGGAAGCAUCUCUCUCUGCAGUUGACCGCCAUGGACCCUCGUACCGCUGAAGUACCCAGCAAGAGGGCUCGUAUAUUCAACAGAGCGAAUAACAUUAUUUUCUGUCUCCUUGCGGUUUUGUUUUGCUCUGCCGUGCUUUUGAACCUGUGGGCUACGACGAAUGCCUUCGGUAACUAUCCCCUGGAACGGCUGGUGACCACUGGGCCUGUGAGAUUCGAGGCCGAGCUCUUCUCUACCUCCGUGUAUAACGGCCAGCCACGAAAAGAGCUUGUUGAAGAUAGCAUUCCACUUAGAGAGACCGAUCAGGACCCCGACUUAGACCACUACCCCCUCAUGGACGGUCAACGCCGUACGCCAAGCCACACAUCAGCAUCUUCAAUGUGUUUCAUGGUGUUUCUCGCAUUCGUUCUGGGUUCCAUCCUUUGUGCGGCGAUGUCCAUUCUUCUAAUUCCUCGACUCGCUAAACAAAAGAUGGACGUGGAGUCAGAUCGUCAUUGUGCUAUGCGUAUGGCACACUAUUGUGAGUUGGCUCUCGUUCAAAAUCCUCCCUUUUCUUCUUCCCGACGGCGCCGGUACUGAAACGAGGUCGAGAAGACAUAUUCGACAACGACCUUCAAUGGAACCUUCAUGCAAGAAACAAUCUACCGUCGUCUUGGAUCGCCCGAAGUGGACUCAGCAUGGGAGGCUCUAGGUAUCGAUUACAGGCCUUCCGUCAUUCCAGAACAGGAAGGGCAUGCGGGCGGACUUA